GCGAACCACUCGUGUUACAAGUUGAGGUGAAAAAUGCAUUCUCGACUUGUGAAAAUUUCUUUUGUGAUUUUACUUGAAAAAAAAAAUUUUCUCUCAGAUCUGGCAAAUUAUAAUCCUCCAGUAGAGAUGCCGCGUCCUAUCUUAUAUUCUACGGAGAUCAGCCCGCCUUGCCGGGCUGUACUCCUCACUGCAGAAGCUAUUGGCUUGGCAUUAGACAUACGGGAAAUCAAUUUAAACAAGAGAGAACAAUUCACUGAAGACUUCCAGAAAAUCAAUCCUCAGCAUACUAUUCCCGCGCUGGAUGACAAUGGCGAUAUCAUUUGGGAUAGCCAUGCGAUAAUUUGCUAUUUGGUUGGAAAAUACGGUGAGAAUGAUUCUCUCUACCCGAAGGAUUUGAAGAAGAGAGCGCUCAUUGAUCAGCGUUUGCACUUUGACAGUGGAAUACUCUUUGCAAUUUUACGAGGAAUAGCUAGACCUAUACUUCGUGACGGCGUAACUUCGAUCUCGCCAGAAAAACGACAACUAUUGCUAGACGCUUAUGAUUUCUUGAAUAAGUUUUUGGAUGGCAAAAAAUGGCUAGCAGGCGCUUCCUUCACGCUGGCGGAUAUCAGUUGUGUUUCCACACUGAGCAGUUUGGAUGCUUUAGUACCUAUUUCGCCAUAUCCAAAUGUUGUGCGUUGGCUCAAGACUUGUGAGGAUGGACUCCCAGGGUACGCAAGGGUUAAUGCUCCUGGAAAUAAGGUGUUCCAUGAAACUGUGAGAUCAAAGUUGCAAGGGAAAUUGUGAAAUCCGAACUGUUUAAUUAUCACUGUUUGAGAUCUUUCUACAAUUUGCAAAUAUAGUAAUGUUAAAAUUAAACCAAAGGCAAGGUCAUCGGAAAAAAUCCGUUUUAUUAUGAAUGAAUGUUCGAACAAACUGUUUUUAUCUUCAUAAUAGAAAUAAAAGUUUGAGAAUAUUAUUA